AUGAUUUCUUGUCUUAAAAGAUUUUUUUCCACCAAACCCACCCCAAUGAGCAAAGACACCGUCGCAUACGUCCAGAAGUUGAUCAAGGAGAAACCAGUCUUCAUUGCCUCCAAGACUUACUGCCCAUACUGCACUGAAGCAAAGAGAACGAUCAAGUCCAUCACGCUGGACAUCUACAUUUUGGAGUUGGACAAGUUGGACAACGGCGCCGAGAUCCAAGCUGCUUUGUAUGAAAUCACGUCGCAAAGAACCGUGCCUAACGUGUUCAUCAACGGCGAGCACAUUGGAGGCAACUCCGAUGUCCAGGCCUUGAAGUCCAAGGACGAGUUGGAGACCAAGAUCAAGGCUGCUUUGUAA